AUGUUCCCUGAUUUGACGUUCUUCACCAACUCUGAAUACUUUGGGGAACCAGUUGAAGAGGCCGAUAGGAAGUGGUCAGAACUGUUGCCAGACAGUCCGAUUGCCAUCCCCAAGUCAAGCCUGAAUGCUCUCGAGAUCAAGUAUGACGAAAGUUUCACACAUCCGCCGAGGGAUAGCACACGUGUACUGGCAUUACCAGAGGUUUUUGUCCAACUUGGAUGUAUUAAUCUUCUCAGGCAGCAUGUCGUGCGCCUGAAAGACAAGAGCUCGUAUUCCAGAGUUGCUGCGUUCCAGGGGACUGAAGAAGACAUCAUGCACCAAGCAGAUCUAUGUAUUGAUCGUUUGCGGGAGACUUUCAUGUGUUGGGGUGACCUAAGCACUAUCUUACAGCAAAUCAUCACGGCUCCGGGAGACACUGUUCCAAGGAGCGCCAUGGAUUUAGCCACGAAGCACAAAUGUCGCGAUUUCAGUGAAAUCGCGAGGUGGACAAAGGAAAACGCCAUUGAAUCUGUCAGGAUGAAGGAUUUGUGUGUAGUGCUUGCCAGCAGUUCCAACAUCGAGUGCUUGCCAAGCACUGUCCUUUUCCAGGAUACGGACGGCUUUAGUAACGCGACAACCGAAGCGGAGAUAGAUACGAAUUCUGGGUUUGUUCACAUCGCCAAUCCCUCAGAAGCGGGCCUCACGCCAAAUUCUGGUGUCGUAGGUGACCUCGACAAUGUCUACAUGAUAUCUGCCAUGCAUCAACUCCACUGCCUCCAACAGUUGCAAAAGAUAUUCCUGCGUAACACCGACGAGAGCUCCCCGGAAGCACAGUGGGAGAAAAACCAUGCCGCUCACUGCUUCAACUACAUGAGGCAGUCUGUCAUCUGCUCAGCUGACGACACCUUGGAGGGACCAGACGAGCACCCGGAAGCCGGGCAGAGCCGUCUGAGAGGAUGGGGGGUACCACAUCAGUGCCGUUCAUGGGAUGGGCUGUUGGCUUUCAGAGACCAGCACUCCAUCGAUUUUGUUGGAGCACCAUCAUAG